AUCACUUUCAGCUUCUGUUUUGUCUAACAAAAAUCCCAUGCCCAUGCCCAUGCCCAUGCCAAUGGUUGCUUAUAUAUAAGUAUAACCACCCCCUAAUGAAACCCAGAUUCAUCUCAUAUAUUAUUCCUCAAAGAAAUAGUUUUUUUUUUCUUGGGGGGGUCCCUAAAGAUGACAAACCAAGAAAACUCAGUGAUUGUUGUGAUGGUGCCAUUUCCAGCACAAGGUCAUUUAAACCAAUUGCUUCACCUCUCUAGGAUCAUCCUCUCCUAUGGCAUCCCGGUUCAUUAUGUCGGUACAUCCACACACAACCGGCAGGCAAAGGUCAGAGUGCAUGGUUGGGAUCCGGUAGCUGUCGCUAGUUUCCAUUUCCAUGACUGUCAAGUUCCUCCUUUUGCUUCUCCUCCUCCAAACCCCAAUGCAGCAAUCAAGUUCCCUUCUCAUCUCCAGCCAUGUUUUGAUGCCUGUCAUUAUCUUCGUAAACCUGUCACUGAGUUGUUACGUAUGCUUUCUUCACAAGCAAGAAAGGUCGUUAUCAUUCAUGACUCUAUGAUGGGAUCCGUGGUUCAAGAUGUUGGUUCAAUUCUCAACACAGAAUCCUAUGCUUUCCACACUGUUUCUGCAUUUUCUCUCUUCUUUUAUUUAUGGGAAUCAACGGGGAAACCACAAGUUAACGCAGAAAUGCUUGGUGAAAAUGACGUCCCUUCUCUUGAAGGAUGCUUCACUGAAGAUUUCUUGGAGUUCAUUGCUUUGCAACACCGAUAUCUAAACGUCACUUCUGGGAGUAUAUAUAACACAAGCAAAGUGAUAGAAUGUACUUACGUUGAGUUGCUUCGCCAACAUAUGAAAGAAAAGCAACAUUGGGCUUUGGGGCCAUUUAAUCCAUUAAAAGUACCUGAGAAAAACAGUUGCGGUAGCCGACACUACUGUUUGGAAUGGCUUGAUAAACAGGAGAUGAACUCUGUUCUUUACGUGUCUUUUGGGACUACAACCACAAUGGGUGAUGAACAAAUCCAAGAACUGGCAAUUGGUUUGAGAAGAAGCAAUCAAAAGUUCAUUUGGGUAUUGAGAGAUGCUGACACAGGCGAUGUUUUCAAUGGAGAAGUUAGAAGGCCGGAGCUUCCAAAGGGAUACCAAGAUUCAGUGAAAGAUAAAGGGUUGGUGGUGAGAGAUUGGGCACCUCAGCUGGAGAUAUUAGCCCACCCUGCCAUUGGUGGGUUUGUAAGCCACUGUGGGUGGAAUUCAUGCAUGGAAAGCAUCACCAUGGGAGUACCAAUAGGGGCUUGGCCUGUGCAUUCAGAUCAACCAAGAAACGCAGUACUAAUCACAAAGUUGCUCAAACUCGGCAUUACCAUCAAGGACUGGGCACGUCGAGAUGAAGUAGUGACAGCAGCGGUAGUUGAAGAUGCUGUGAAACGUUUGAUGGCUUCAAAGGAAGGAGAUGAGAUAAGGAAGAGAGCGGCAGAAGUAAGUGGUGCGGUGCGCCAAUCGGUGGCUGAAGGUGAGGUUUACCGUAAGGAGUGGGACUCCUUCAUUACUCAUAUCAUUAGGUAGGUUUUAUCAUUUAUUAUUAUCAAACUACUGCCACAUGAUUAUUUUCCUUCAAGUAUGUGUUAAUCUACGAAACAAAUUUCUGAAAAGGAAAAUUAUGAAAUAAAAUUUAGUGUUUCUUUUUAAGUGAAA